GACUCUUCGUUGCUGAUGUCGUCAUGCAUCUCAGCGACCACAUCCACAAGCGUGCUCCCAGGAGGCUAGUCGCGGAUCCCCAUCAUCGAAUUAGUUGUCGCUUUGACCAGAGUGCAUACUCCAUGAUGGCCCUGGGGAAGCACCUUGGGCGCCGCUGUUCCUGGCUUUGCGAUAAGCCACUGCGCUAUACUGUGCUCCUGUCCGGAUGCGUUCAAGGGACAAUGGACAGACUCCCUCGGUAA